CCUGACAGCUUGCUUAUGUCACUCCGUGUUAUUUUAUGGUUGUCCAGUCAACAAGAAACACGUGCAUUGUAUGUCUAAUCUAAUCUGUCUGGGAUUAUUUUCACGCUAUCACUAGCUAGAUGCAGAAGCAGAGCUUGUAUCAACUAUAAACAGGAUUUUAACAUUUUACCAGCGCGGUUUUCACAGCCUGUAGGAUAAACACGGCUAAGCUCCGAACUAGCUGCAGCACAGCUCUGUCCCUGCACCACGUACUAGAUAUGCUAGCAGCUAUUUAGCAGCCUAGCCGUAUGAACAUUCACCCCUUGGGCUAACGUUUACUAGCCGCGGAGCUAACGAGGCUGCGUCGCCACAACAACGAGGGCAAUGGAUGACUCUGGCAUCAAGAAGCAGAACUGGGACGUGAAGGAGACGGAGUUGUUUCUGGAAAUCCUCAAGGAGCUGGACAUCAAUAAGUGCUUAGACGGUAGGAAAGUGAGGAAUAACAAACUCUUCAAGGUGGCGCACAGGAGGAUGACAGCGGCCGGUUAUCACAGAUCUGUGGACCAGUUAAAGUUUCGCUGGAAACUUCUCAAAAGUGCAUAUUACAAGUGCAAGAGGGAGCCCGACUCCACGGCCCCCACCAAAAUACAGGGCUGGUGGCGUUAUGAAAAGACAAUGACGGCUAUUAUGGAGUCCAGACACCCGCUGGUCGGAGCUGGGGUCAACUCAGACAGGAACGAUGAAGUGACAGAAGACUCUGACGGGGAAGCAUCAGUGCUGCUGUGGCCGCAGCCCUGCCCGGACCUUUCCACUCAGAACCUGGAUUUAAUUAUCAAAAUGGACCCUGAGAUGGACUCGCAACUGAAGAUUGGUUUUAUCGGUGCGGGGAACAUGGCUUUUGGCAUCGCCAAAGGCAUCCUGUCUGGAAACAUUCUUCCUGUAAACGUCAAAGUCAGUGCACCGUCGUCCAGGAACCUGGGACGCUUUCAGGAGCUGGGGAUUGCCAUCACUCACUCCAACGUGGAGGUGGUCUGUGGGUCAGAUGUGGUCUUUGUAGCAGUUAAACCUCACCUGGUUCCACCUGUUCUCAAUGAGAUCUCGCAACACGUCACUGACCGACACAUAGUUGUUUCUGUUGCAGCAGGAGUAACACUGGCAACACUGGAAGAGCUCCUACCAGAGAAUUCAGUUACCAUCAGGCUGAUGCCAAAUCUUCCAUGCUUAGUUCAGGAAGGAGCACUCCUGUUCGCUCGGGGAUCUCAUGCAAAACCGGAAGAUGGAGCUCUGCUUCGCUCCUUGUUACACCGCUGUGGUUUAGUGGAGGAGGGACCUGAGGCCUGGAUUGACAUCCACACUGGACUGAGUGGGAGCGGAGUCGCUUUUGUGUAUCUGUUUGCUGAAGCGCUGGCAGAAGGAGCUGUUAAAAUGGGAAUGCCAAGUGCCCUGGCACACAGCAUCGCAUCUCAAACUGUUCUGGGUGCUGGGAGAUUGUUACGUGACUCUGGGAAGCAUCCAGCUCAGCUGCGCUCCGAGGUCUGCACACCAGGUGGAACAACCAUCUACGGGCUUCACACCCUGGAACAGGGCGGUGUGAGAGCGUCGACCAUGAGCGCUGUGGAGUCCGCCACAGAGAGAGCCAGGGAGCUUGGCCGAAAGUCAGCAGCCGGAGGCAGGAAAUGACUGCUGCUGUUUGCCUUUUAAUAACCACAGUGGACCUUAUUGAAGUUGAGCGUUGGCUCAACCAAUCACCAUGGAACACACAGACAAAACAGGACUUGUCACGUUUUUUUUUUUUUUUAUUCUAUUUUCUCCUUUUAUUUUCUCAUACUACCUAUUUUUUGUGUCUUUGACCAGGAAAAAGGAAAUAUUGGCUUAAUCUUGACAAUGACGAUUAAAUUAAUUGCAUCGUGACCCUGUGAUUUAUUUGAGAAAAUGGCUACUUUUACAUGCACACCCCAGAUCUUCUUCUUUCAUAAUGCAGGUCAGAUUUAACCCAUAUUUGAUAACCAUAUUCCCAGCUGUUGAUAUAAUCACAAAAAGAUGCACAGAACUUCAGUCGCAUUCAGUUAAGGUCAUUUUAACCUCUGCGUUUGGAUACAGAAGGAAACACUGCUGUCACCAUCAUUCAUCAAUAUAUCCUCUCUGUUAGAAUAAGGGUUUGUAGUUGUGCAGCUGCUGGUGGUUUCUGUCCCAGGUGUAGUUAACAUCUAGUUGCGGGCUUUGUCCGGAUUUUCAUAAAGUGCCAUGUGAACUGGCACCCUUCGUGCUUUAUUCAGCCUUUGUGCCUUUUUUUUAAAUGGAGGUCUUGAAAUCCGGCAUCAACAGGAAGCUCAAAUAAUUCCCAGUGAACAGAAGCUAUAUAAAGACAGACAGACAGACCGACUGAGUAGAGGAAUAGAGUCAGUGGAACCCUUAAGGGUUAAAUGUAUUCUUCAUGACAGCAUAAAACAACAGACCUGAUGGGUGUUAAGUCAUUUAGACUGCUUUUAGCAUCUAAAUUCUUUCAAUUUUCUGCUUU